AUGAAUUAACAGAUCGUUAGCAAUUCAAUAUAAGAGAUUAGUCAGUAUAACAAAGUCUUAGAAGGAAAUAAGCAAUAUGUGUCAAAAAAAUUAUCGAUAGAUGAUUAAUAUUUUAAAAAGUUAUCAAAAGGAUAGAGUCCAAAGUAUUUACUAAUAGGGUGUUCUGAUUCAAGGGCUCCUCCUAAUGAAUUAACAGAAACAGAUCCUGGAGAAAUCUUCAUCCAUAGAAAUAUUGCUAAUUUAGUAAUACCAACAGACUUAAAUGUAAUUGAAUAAAUAAUCUUUAAAAGUUGAACUGUGUAAUUUAGUAUGCUGUUGAACAUCUUAAUAUUCAUAGUAUAAUCAUAAUGGGUCACACAUGUUGUGGUGGAAUUAAGGCUGCUAUGUAAUAAGACUCUGUUGGAGGAUUACUUGAUCUAUGGUUAAAUCAAAUUAAAAUAGUUUAUGAAAAACAUCAGGAUCUUAUUGAAUCCAUAGAUAAUGAAGAUGAUAAACUGAAUUGUCUAAGUUAAUUGAAUAUUAGAGCCUAAGUAAUCAAUAUUUGGAAAAAUCCAAUCAUCUAAAAAUCUUGGCAAAAAGGAAAUCGUAUUUUAAUUCAUUUAUUUUUUAGCUGUUAUGGUUCAUGGUUGGUUAUUUAGAGUUGAAACAGGUUACAUUGAAGAACUUUUAAUUGAUUCAUAAACACCAGAAGAGAUGAGCUAAGUCUUUGCCUUAAAAUUUAAGUUGGAUUCUGAAAGAAUUUUGUCGAAAUAAACAACACCAUUAGGCUCACCUAAAAAUAAUGCUAGAAAACGAUUUUAAUUAAUGUAAAAGAAAAUCACUUAACAUAUCAAAUAAUUAAAAGAAAAUAAUGUGGAAACUGAAUAAACUAUUAAUCUUAACUAUUUGGGGGAAUUAAUUUAAAAUUCUUAAAAGUUUUGA